AAAAUGCUCGUGGGGAUUGUAGACCGCAUCAGUCAUUACUUUGAAGCCAACACAAACUUAAUUCACCAACAUGAUUGCAUUCAGAACAACAGCCAUCCUCUUACUGGUAGCGUACGCGAGCGCGCGGCCCUCCGAAGACUGGGAGCCAGAAGGUCACUCGCACACGGAGCACACUAAACCGUACCAUGUCACGGUGGUGAAGAAGAUCGGCGUGCCUGUACCGCAUCCCGUGGCGGUCUCUGUACCGCAGUACGUGAAGAUCCCCAUCCCGCAGCCAUACCCCGUGCAUGUGACUGUCGAGCAGCCCAUACACGUACCGGUGUACAAGGUCGUCCCACAAGUGGUAGAGAAGCCAGUACCCUACACCGUCGAGAAGCCCGUACCCUAUGAGGUAGAGAAGCCCUACCCCGUCGAGGUAGAGAAGAAGGUAGAGGUACCCAUCCCCAAGCCCUACCCCGUCCACGUACCAGUUUACAAACACAUCUACCACCACAAGGGAGGCAAACACUAAACAACGCAGAAAAGCUUAUUUUAUAAGCUCCGCGAUCCGGUUUCAACCGGUUUAAUCUAGUUCGAGCUAGUUUGAAUUGGUUACAAAACCAGUUUUAUCUAGCUCUAAUGUUUUAAAAAAUCACAGAUUAAAGGAAAAGAUAUAGACCUCGCGAGCAAGUAUUAUUAUUUUAAAAGACUAAUUAGAAAAGCAGACUGCGACAACAAAAAGAUGUUGAUUAAAUGUGGUUGUUGCCUUAUUUUUAAUUUUGCUUCGCGGGUUGCUUUCUAUCUUUUUCGUGUAGUCUGUGCUGUAAAUACUCAUAGAAUGUAGUUAAGACGGCGAUGUGGUUGUAGUAUUCAAAUGUGAUAUUUAUUGUGUGCAAAUCAUUAUGUUCUGUUUGUUGUCUUUGUUGUUCGCAUUCGUUGUUGUUGACUAUUGUGUAAUUGUUGUUGAUUAGAUUAAAUACUUUAAGGAUUUUAAAAGAA